CUCCAGGUCAGCAGAACCCCAUCCACCCCGAAAAGGAACAGGAGAGACAUCAAAGAUUAUUCACGUCCUUGGUAAUUAAAUAUUCAGCAUGGUACAGACCCUGCGGGAUUCGGUCAGGAACCGGCGCCGGAGCAAAAUGGUCACGCGCAAAAAGUGAAGCGUCGGAAGGAAAUGAUAAUCGAGUAUUUGAACAAAUACACAAGAGUAUAAAAUGGUUCUGGACCCCUCGCUGGUCGCUGCCAGGAACGGCGACCUGAAAGCGUUGCAGGCGCUGCAAAGUAAGGGCGCCCUCCUGCAGAAAGUGUCCGAUCACCUCGGAGCUUCGCCGGUGCAUCACGCCGCCCGCUCCGGGAGGCUCGACGCCCUGAAGUACCUGGUGGAAGAGGCGAGACUCGCCGGGAAUCAGCGUGCCAGGAACGGGGCGACUCCGGCGCACGACGCGGCUGCCACCGGCAACCUGUCGUGUUUGCAGUGGCUGCUGUCAGCGGGAGGAUGUCAGACACAGGAUAAGGACAGCUCUGGGGCCACAGUUCUGCACCUCUCAUCGUGGUUUGGGCAUCACAGUGUCACAGAGUGGUUAUUGAAAGAGGGGGGCAGUGACCCAAGAGCAGCAACGGAUACCGGAGCCCUUCCCGUGCACUACGCUGCAGCCAAAGGUGACCUUCAGUCACUACGACUGCUGCUUGGACAAUGUCCCAACGUUGUAAAUACACAAAUGAAAAAUGGUGCCACUCCCCUCUAUCUGGCCAGCCAGGAGGGUCACCUGGAGGCUGUCCAGUAUCUUGUGAAAGAAUGUGGAGCAGACCCACACAUACGAGCCAAUGAUGGGAUGACUGCUCUCCACUCAGCAGCCCAGAUGGGACACAACACCGUCAUCGUCUGGCUGGUGAGUUUCUCAGACAUUAGCCUGUUGGACCAGGAUGGUGAAGGGGCCACAGCAAUGCACUUUGCUGCCAGUAAAGGACACGCCAAGGUUCUCAGCUGGCUAUUGUUGCACGGAGGUGAAAUUGCCACAGAUAACUGGGGAGGGUCCCCACUGCACGAUGCUGCUGAGAAUGGAGAACUGGAGUGCUGCCAGAUCUUGGUGGUCAACGGUGUCGACCUGGGCAUUCGCGAUGACGAUGGCUACACAGCUGCAGAGUUGGCUGAGUAUAAUGGACACAGUCAAUGCGCCAAGUACCUCAAGACAGUUGAGAACAUGAGUGUGGAGCACCGGGUCCUGUCUCGGGACCCGUCCCUGGACCUCGAAUGCAAACAGCCUGACUCGGGGAUGUCAUCUCCCAACACCACCAUCUCAUCGCAGCAGCCGACUGGGACCGACUUGGGCUCCCCCUCCAGCACACUGUCCAACUACAACUCCUGCCAUUCCAGCCAAUCCAGUACCAGGGAAAAGAGGGGCAGCCCGGAGGGGCAGGCCCAGGGCCGGGGACAAGGGCCAUCAGCGAAUAUGGACAUGGACACUUACAUGGACAUGCUGAACCCGGAGGUGAGCCCUCGGGAAAACCAGGCACCUGGAAGCAAAGCUCUUCCGCUACCUCCUACGUUCCCGGCUCCGUCUCCCCCGGCGACGUCUCAGCCGCUGCCACCUCCACCCUGUUACCCGGCACCACACCCCCCGGUGGAAGAGCCCUCGGCGGACGUGUACCCGCACACGAGGAGUAACCUUCGGGACAUCAAGAACGAAGCAUCGAAUAAACUGGAGUUAAAUCCCAAUGAAAUAAAUCCAGACAGACUGAAGAGGGUUGAAUCAAAUCGAAAGUCAAGAGGCUUCAACAAGGAACCCAGCACGGCUGAUUAUUACAAGUCCCUUGGAAACAGUGCACAGCAAAGCUCUCAAAUGGCACCUAAUGAGGAGGGCUCUCUUGCACUGGAGGGAGGUCAUAGGAAUGGAAGCAUUCCAGAAAACCAGCUCAUCAGCGAAAUACCUGCUCCCCCACCCCCUCCCCCUCUCCCAGAAACUGUGUCAAACCCCGUUCCUCCACCUCCACCUCCACUGCCAACAGAGACCACCGUGUCUAGCAGCAACCAGCGAAGACCUUCUUCAUCCUCUGCAGGAAGUACAAAGUCCUUCAAUAUGAUGUCCCCAAAUGGAGAUAACACUGAGUUACUGGCUGAAAUCAAGGCUGGAAGAAAUCUGAAGCCAACUGCCCAGAGCAAGGGGACUACUGUGGUCUUUUCAAACUCUGGGAAUAUGGUGAGUAUACCACAGACAUACCAGUGCUGAUCAGAAAUCCAACGAAAGCUCGAUGCCUCAUUGCACCUUUACCCUGCUCCAUUUCUUGCAUUUCAGCCCAAAAACACAAACGUGAAGCAUAAGGGCGGCAGUCCGACCGAACCGUGUGUAAAUGGGGUUGCUUCGGCUGCGGCUGAUGCCGAGUCACUUGUACCGACUCACGAUGAGCUGGGAGUUCCAAUACCUGAGUGGAAGAGGCAGGUGAUGGUGCGGAAGCUGCAGGUUAAGAUCCAGGAGGAGGAAGAACAGAAACGAAAAGAGGAUCAAGAAGCAGCUCGUUUAGCCAGCCUGCCCGCAUGGAGGAGAGACAUAGUGAAAAAGAAAAUGAACGAAGAAAGGGACCAGAAAAGGAAAGAAGAGGAGCAACAGAAGAAAAUGGAGGAGGAGAAGCGAAAGGAGCAGUCCGAGAAACUCCGCACUCUCGGUUACGACGAGUCGAAACUGGCACCUUGGCAGCUGCAACUCAUCCUGAAGAAAGGGGAUUUAGUGAAGCACGACUGAGACUCUCGCUUCAAAUCUUCAAUCGUUUUUGCUGUAGCGUAAAGCACGGUGUUCAGUAGUAGAGAGAUCCCCGAGGGUUAGUUCACUGCUGAACAUGCCAGGCCUCCACAGCAAAGCCCAAUGUUAGUCAAUAGCUCUUUCUUUGGUUGGUAUCUCCUGUGUAAUACACAAGCCAACGCUGAGGAAAUAUUUCAAGCUUCCGUCUACACCUGCACAUCCCUCACUCUAACCUUCUUACCCCCAACUUUCUCCAAAGUAUUCACUAGGCGAUUGCUUGAUUUCUAUGGAAAAAGCUCUCUGCUAUCAUGGUAAUUGUGAUUUGUAGAUUUGCUACCCAAAAAUAAAACCCAGUUAUGAUAUCAUGUGUUCCAGGUAUAAAAUCUAUCCAUUCCUUUUGUAAAAUAACAAUGCAGUUUUAAAGUUCUGGGGACUGUUAAUUAAAAUCACAUGUUUUGGGCGUCGGCUCAUUUUGAGUGAUUGGUUUUGAGCUGAUUGUCAAGCAGAGUUCUGGAGGUUUACCAAGUCAGGAGCUGAGUCGCCUUGCGAGUGGGAGUCCAUUGCCCAGCGCAGAGCUGAGGUAAGGAGACCAGAUUCAGAUUCACAAUCGGGUUUAGUAUCAUUGAUAUACAGUAUGCCGUGAGGAACACACACAAAAUGCUGGAGCAGCUCAGCAGGCCAGGCAGCUUCUAUGGAGAGGAAUAAACAAUCAACGUUUUGGGCUGAAAUCCUUCAUCGGGAUCCAUGACUCAGAAGUUAUGAUGAAGGGUCUCGGCCCGAAAUGUCAGCUGCUUAUUCCUUUCCAUAGAUGCUCCCCGGCCUGCUGAGUUCCUCGAGCAUUUUGUGUGUUUUACUCUGGAUUUCCAGCAUCUGUGGGAUCUCUUGUCUAAUUGAUAUACUUCAUGAAAUCUGUUAUUUUGUGGCAGGAGUACAGUGGAAUACAUAAAAAUUACCAUAAAUUACAAUAAAAAUAUGAGAUAUAUAUUUUAAAAAUUUUGGUAAAUUUCGGAAAAUAAGACUGGGAAGGUUUGUGCCUUGUGUCCUCUGACGAAACCCCCAUCAUUUCUCUUAAUUGGGCCAAUCUCAGCUAGGUCUGUACCGGAUUGCCUAGCAACUCAGAGACAACUGAGGAAAAUUAAUAGAAGGGGUUUCCAGACUCUUGGGGCAGAAUCAGAUGAGGUGUGGUUGUGAUGCCUUCCACGGUCUUUUAUCUGAACCUAACAGCCUUGGGCUGCAGCAAAGGACUGGCAGCAGAUGUAGAUGUAAACGUAGGUACCAGGGGACGUAAGCCAGUCGACACAUCAGCAGCCGGCCAACCCGUGUCUCGAAACUGGUAAUUCCGGGAAAUGAGAAGGACCGACCAGUAGCCCUAUGGCAGAAUGUGACUUCCCACUGCCCACCCCAGUUACAUCAGUCACGUUGCCUGAACCCACUUCCACUGCGAGUGGGGGGAGCCCCUCACCGAGCACUCUGUUACACAAACACAAUUGUACGAACUCCUGUCCGGACUCUUGUCGCUAUCAGUUUUGUAUGUAAUCACGCGGAGGCCACCUUAUUUCCCGAUGAGCAGCUCUUCAUCAGAUUUUAGCGUGUGCACAAGGGAACUACCUCUGCAAACCCUCUGUAAAUGUAUGCGAUGUUACAUGCCACACUGUUCAUGAUUAUUAUUAUAAACUUUCUUAGAUGCCAUAUGACUUAAGGAAUGAGACGAAUGUCUCUGCCAUUAGCCUGUUUUUUUCACAGAUCUAACACCCUAGUUUCUCAGCCACCAUCUCUCUACUUCCUGGA